GCACUACAGAUUGCAGUUGGUUGGUCUGGAAGGCUCUACGACGAGAGUGACGACUCUGGACAAUCCCGACCAGCGGAUCGCAAACGAUGUUAACGUCUUCACCGACGCAAGUUGGUCGCUCGUUUCGGGCAUCAUGCUCUCUGGAGGAACACUUA